AGCAUCUUCUCAGGUGCUCUGGACGCUGGCAGUAUCCACAGCAGCAUCUCCUCCCUGGGAGACCUGGGCCUACGAUCCCUCAUUGGAUACAACUUCUUGCAGCUCAGACUCUCAGAGUCCCAGCACAGAGCCGCCUGGUCCGGAGGUCCUGGCCAAGGGUGUACUGGGACAGAAGCAACUUUCGAGGUCCAAGCACAAUGGAGCAUCCGCAGGGCCCCCGGAAGCCCCUGUCUGUGAGAAGAGCCAGGUCCCUGGACAGAUCACCGAACCCCAGGAAGGACUCAGAGUCGUGCGGCUGCCAGGGCUCUUCCCUGCCCACGGCCUCCUCCAGACAGGCGCUUCCCAGGAGCGCCAGUGACGGGAGCAGGCAUCCCAAGAGCCCAAGGGAUUCGGCGGCUCCAGGCACCACAGGCACAGCCCUCAGCCAGGAGGGGACCAAGGAGUUUCUCCCCAGGGAGCAGAGACCUCCGAAGGAUGCCAAGAAGGACAAGGCCCAGAGUCGGGCCCAGCAGGGGUUGCUGAAGACCGUGAUGAACUUCUUCCUGAGGACAGGCCCCGAGGAGACCAGAGAAAAGGCCAACAGAAGAGCAAAGGGGAAGGAGGGCCUCCCCCAGCCCGCAGAAGCCCCCGAGUUACCGGGGGAGCCAGCUCCCAGAAAGAAAGCCCACGACAAGAAGACCAGCCGCAAGAAACACAGUCACAAGAAACAUGCUGAUGAGCAAACCAGGGGGGUCCAAGGUCAGGAAGUCCAAGGCCAAGAGGCAGCGCUGCCCCAGACGGCUGCUGUCUCACGCUCUGAAGAGGCUGACCAGGGGCCGGGACUCAGGGGCGGGGAGGAUACUGGUGUCUACCAGUCCUUGCUCAUCCAAGGCCAGGAUGCUGGUGUCUCGGCGUCUUCUUCCCAAGCCACGGGCCGCUGUCAGGAAGAGGACCUCAAAAAGCUUGACAAGGACACUAUCAUCCGGAUGAUAGUGCAAAUGCUCCGGGAAGUGGGAGACCGGUGGGAAGAAGAGCAGCUUCUAGCCUCUCAGCCAGAGGUGGCUCCACAAAACCCAGCACCACCCCUCAGGAAGAAAUCCCAGGAGAAGAAGUCUAACCUCAAGAAAAGCUUUUCUCAUAAGAAACACAGCUCUGAGGAGCCCAAGAGAGCGGGGGCCGCCGAUGUCUCCAGCCCGGAGUCCCGGCCGUCCAAGAGGCCCAGCUUUCUGUACAUGUGUGUUGGGGGCCAUCGGCCCUCCAUCUCCAGCAGCCUUGGUUUGGAAGAACCUGAAGUUCAAGAUGCCUUGUCUACAGAUUAUGGGAGUCCAAGUCCCUUCGAACUUUCCACCCAAGCAGGAGGCCGGGGACCUGGAGAGGACUUGCAGCUGGACAGAGCCUCAGAAUGCAAAAAAUUUAUCCAGGAGAUCAUCGCUCUACUCCAAGAUGAGGAGGAACCGGAGGGAGAGAAGCAGCUUCACGUUCAGGAGCCAGAGGUGGCUGUAGAACACCUGACCCCACCCUGCAGGAAGAAGUCCCAAGAGAGAAAGUCCAGCUUCAUAAAAGCCUUUUCUCAUAAGAAGCAUGGCUCCAAGGAGCCCAAGAAGGGGGGAGCUGCAGGUGCCGCCAGCCCGGAAUCCCGGUUGCUCAAGAGGCCCACCUAUCUGGCCCUGUGUGUUGGGGGCAAUCGGCCCUCCAGCGCCAGCAGCCUUGAGCUGGAGGGUCUUGAGUUCCAGGAGCCUUCGCCUGCAGAAGGGGGACGAGUUGGAUCCUCAGAAGCAUCCUCCCAGGCCGGAAGCCACAAGCCGGAAGGGAGACCUCUGCCGGAUGGAGCGUGUGAAUCUAAGAAGCUGAUCAUCCAGAAGCUGGUGGCCCUUCUCCAAGAAGUGGAUGGCCAUUUGGGGGAGCAGAUCAGGCGAUACCCCAGCUUUAAGAGGUUUUUUUACCAGCUCCCAGACGCGUCCCUCGUAAAGCUGACCGCCACCCUGCGUAGACAGGGCGCCUGCUGCCCGGAGUCCGACAGGAACCCCGCUGAGAGGCCCUACCAGUUUGCCUUUGGCUUGGCCAACGGUCGUCACAACGCCCUCAGCCUGAUGGGCCUGCGCUACCCCCAGUUCCGGAACCGGGAGGCCCCGCAGAACAUCACAAGCCCUGAGGUACAAAGUCCAGACUGAAAGCUGUGCUUCCCAUUCAAGCACGCCCUUGAACAAUCCAAACAACUGGUGACUUUAGCCAGGACACCCUGAGGAUGCUUCAUAAUUGUCCCAAUUCAGGGCUUCGCAGGCAUGACUGCAGACAAGAGUGGAUGACCGUUCUGCAUCCUCCUGUAGUUACGGGCUUAUUGAGACUGAGGAUGCACGAAGAAUUCUUCCUCAGAACGAGCGGCAGAGACUAUGCUGGGAGAAACAAGCACUGGACUGGGAGUUAGGAGACUCGGGCAUCCAACUGCUGACCUGCUUCAAACUUGCUGCAAGGCCUGGUGUACCCCUGUCCUCUCCAGACCUUGGGUUCUGGGCUGGAUGAGGUGACCCAUGAUAUGCCUUCUGGUUCUGUACUGCUAAAAUCUGUCUAAACAGGGUAGGGAGUGUUUUACUCUAUGGCUAAAUAUACCCUCCCCACUGAGCUGGAGGCACUCACCAAAUGAAUGAAUGAAAUGGUGGAGAACUCCUAAGAUCCAGGCAGUGUGUUAGGCAUUCACAGGAGGCCUUGCUUCUCAGCUGGAAUUGCACAGCCAGUGAUUCUAUCCCAAAACUG